CUGCCACCGCCCUCGGAAGAUGGCGGACGGCGGUGCAGCUUCCGCGCAGCAGGAAGGGGAAGUGUCCGCGGCGGCCGGCGGCAGCCGGAGGGAUCGGCAGCCCCGGAGCGGUGGCCGCCCGCCCAGUGCCCGGGAUUUGCAGUUGGCCUUGGCAGAGUUAUACGAAGAUGAAGCUAAAAGGCAGUCAUUGUGUUCUGACAAACCAACAACUAAAAAAAUCAGUAACACAAAAGUAUCGCAGAGUCUUAAAAUUGAUUCUCUUAGAAGGUUGAGAAAACCAGAGAGAAGCAUGAGCGAUGACAAAGAAAACCAAAGAUUUUAUUCAGGUGACUCAGAAUAUAGAGGAUUACAGAUUUCUGGAGCUUCUAAUAAUCCAAGUAAAAUUGUUGCUGAACUCUUCAAAGAAGCAAAAGAACAUGGGGCUGUCCCAUUAGACGAAGCCUCAAGAGCAUCUGGUGAUUUCAGUAAAGCUAAGUCAUUUUCUGGUGGUGGAUAUAGAUUGGGUGACUCAUCACAAAAACACUCUGAAUAUAUAUAUGGAGAAAAUCAAGAUGUUCAAAUUUUGCUGAAACUAUGGAGGAAUGGCUUCAGUUUAGAUGAUGGCGAAUUGAGAUCCUAUUCAGAUCCAACAAAUGCUCAGUUUCUUGAGUCUGUUAAAAGAGGGGAAAUUCCUGUGGAACUGCAGCGACUUGUUCAUGGUGGCCAGGUUAAUUUGGAUAUGGAAGACCACCAAGAACAGGAAUAUGUGAAGCCUAGACUGCGAUUCAAAGCUUUCAGUGGAGAAGGGCAAAAACUUGGAAGCCUUACACCUGAAAUAGUCAGCACACCUUCUUCCCCAGAGGAGGAGGAGAAAUCCAUUCUUAAUGCGCCUGUUCUGAUUGAUGAUUCCAUGCCAGCAACUAAAAUUCAAAUUAGAUUGGCAGAUGGAAGCCGAUUAAUACAAAGAUUUAAUCAAACACACAGGAUUAAGGAUAUUCGAGAUUUCAUUAUCCAGUCCCGUCCAGCAUUUGCAACAACUGAUUUUGUUCUUGUGACUACCUUUCCAAAUAAAGAGCUAACAGAUGAAAGCCUGACACUACAAGAAGCAGAUAUACUUAACACUGUGAUUCUUCAGCAAUUAAAGUAAUCUUACAGUUGUUGGUACAAUAUAGGGAGUGUGCUGUGUUGUCAUACAAUGUUUCCAACAGAUGAAAAAAAAAAAAAGGAAAGAUCAGUGUCUUUUUAUUCCCCCACUUCCACGGAUCAGAUUUUUGGGUUUCAUGUCUUCCAGCUAUAGCAUAUCUAACUUUUUUAUUUUAAUUUCUCAACAUUGUUCAACCUUUUUUCAGUGUUAAAAUUAAGUUUCCCUAUGCUACUAUGUUUCAAACUACAUCUUGUACUAAGUAUGAAAUAAGAUAUGACUUUAUGACUCUUCAUUACUUUGAGGGGGGUGGGGGGAGAAGCAUUUUUCUGAAGGGGACAGUAUCUUUCAUACAGUUGGUAAGAUUUGCACUAUGGAAAUGUUUUAUGCUGCAUUGACAAACAGCCAUUUGAAAACUUAGCCUGUAGGUUAUGUUUACCUUACAAACUGUAUUAAUAUUAAGAUGUUCUGUUUAGUAGAUUGACAGAUAAUUAAUGCCCUAAUAUAAUUUUUGUACAUUCUGUUUGUAGUGUUUCAUGGUGCAGUAUAAUAUUUAUAUUCUACUUUUUAUGUCAUUUUCCCUGUAUCAUUGCUCACAUAGAGUGAAUCAGUUCAGGAGAUGCAAACCUCAGCUACUGCAGACUAUAAUAUAUCAUUCUCAUUUGUAUUCUGGUUGUUCUUGUGGUGAAAAUUAGUAUGAAUUCUUUUCUUCUUGAAGUUAGAGAAAUGGGAGAGACCACUCUCAUCUGGACAAAUGCUGCGAUUUAGAUUUCAUGAGAGUAGGCCUGUGGUCACUUUGAACCUGAAUAUGCAGUUGAACCCUGUGCAGCUGGAUGAUUCUUCACAUGAACAGAUAAUUAAAUAACCCCAAAUAAAAACCACCAAGGUGCACAAACACAGAACUUUUUUUAUGCUGUCACUUGCAUGCACAAAAGUAGACAUAUUAAUUGGUCGUGUAUUUUUGACCUGAAUUUCAGGUCUUUAUAUUUGGAAUUUUGGCCAAAGGUAUUUUGUAAUUUUCAGUGGGGAUUUGGUUGUGCAGCUUUCACUAUACUUGUUUGGAAGCUGUAUAAUUAAAGCCCUUAAUCUUUGAAAUCAUAUAUUUUUUUCAAAUAACUUGGCCCUAUACUGCCGUAUGCAGGUAGGAAUCUCAUGUUGUGGGCAAACUGCCUGCUGUGCUUUAGUAGUAUGCAGUUUUAUAGUAUUUGUGGCUUUAUAUCAGAUGAGUGGAUCACACUCUGAAGGAGGGUAAAUGGGCUGUAUCUCUUGUACUGAUAUAUGUGUUAAAAAUGCUGUUUUCACUGAUUAUUUUAUUCUGAAAAUAACUAUUUAUUUAUGCUAAGCUUAUAAUUGCUCAGUAUAUUUGAUUAAUCUUACAUUUUUACCUCAAAGUAGAUAUUUGACUGGGUAAAUUUUAAAUGUGCAAUUGUAUUUCAAGUAUUUUGUUUUAUAAUCUGAGUAUCUGCAUGAUUUUAAUCAUAAUUCAUUUCACAUGCUAAGUAAUUAAAAUUUUAAGCUAAAAA